AUGACUAAAAGUAUAUUACAUUUUAUAGAAAACACAUGUAGAAUCAAACAAACCGACUGGGAUUCUAAAGGUUUUGGUCAUAUAUUUUUUGCUUUGCUGAAAAAACACCACUUCACAGGAGCUAUGCAACUGAUAGAAACUGGAAAUAUUAGGAUUCAUUAUAUCAUUAUUGGCUGUGUAAUAUUAGAGGAUGAAGCUAACGACUGGAAAACAACGCCUCUCGUGAAGGAAAAACUGCAAUGUGCAAAAGAAGCAUUGACUGCUACAGCCGUUCGAAUAACAAGCUGUAUUUACGAAGCUGAUAAAGAAGCAAAAUCAAAACGUUCUGGCGACGAUGGUACAUGUUACAAGAAAACAAAAACGUGUGUUAAAGGAAAAAACAGCGAAUAUAGAAAUCAUGCAGGAAGAUUGUUGUUAAAUCAUGGAUACAUGAGGGAUGCUAUUGACACUGGAAACAUGGCGUAUCUUGAAAAUGACAAAAUAAAAAAUAUAUUGAAUAAAAUGUGGUUUGGAACAAAAGAAGUAAAUUGGACAUGGCAGACUAUGAUUUGUUUCACUGCUCUUGUUGCAGUACACAUUAUUGUGUUGCCUUUAUUAAUGUUCAACAUGGAGAAGUUACCUUUACUUUGGUUUUACAGGAAGUAUAAUCUACCCUUCAUGAAAGUGUAUAUACACAUGCUUGGUUUCUUAGUUCUUUUCCUCGCAUAUGCAUAUAUGUUGCUGUUUGACUACCAAGAUGAUGUGAUCACUUACACCGACGGAUUUAUAAUAGCUUGGAUGACUAGUUUUUUUGUAGAUGAAGCAAAGCAGGUCACUGUUGCCAUUAUAAGAGGAAAAUUUGUUAUAGAUUGGUGGGAUAUAUUGGAUUGGACGUUGAUUGUUGUAUAUGCAACUGGAAUGCUUCUGAAAUUCCAUGAAGGAUCCGGUUUUCAAACAACUUCAAAAGUAUUAUUAGUUGCAGAAUUUAUGGCAUUAUGCACAAGAAUUCUUCAUUUGUGUUGCAUGACAGAAUUUCUAGGACCAAAGUUAGUCGUUAUUCGAAAAAUGGUUGCAGAUACCAUUGCUUUCAUGUUUAUUAUGACAAUAAUAAUGGUUUGGUACAGCGUUUCUAUAAAUGCACUCUUAUAUCCGAACUCUGCAUUUAGCUGGAAGGAAAUCGAAAAGAUUCUAUCAAAUGGUUAUUGGACGUUAUUUGGAGAAUUAAACCUAGAUAGUGAUACAUUGACUCCACCGUACUGCACAUUCAACAGAACAAUAUAUCCAGGUGGUGCAUUGCAGCGAUGUCCUACACAACUUGGAUUAUACAUUUCACCUUACCUAAAAGCACUCUACGGGUUGAUUGCAGUAGUCUUACUUCUGAAUCUGCUGAUAGCUAUGUAUAGUCAUACAUUUAAUGAAGUACAAAAAAAAUCAGACGUUUAUUGGAGAAAGAAACAGAAUUGUUUUCUUGAGGAAUAUAGCAUCAAAACGGUUUUCCCAGUACAUCUUCAGUUACUUGCUUUACCGGGAAUAAUUUUAGCAGUUAUGUGGUUUGGUUAUUCGUACUUCACAGAUAACAUACCUAAAUCAUCAGACGUUGACGAGCUUGACAAACAUCCCAUGUUUGUAAGAGUUUUUCUGUAUAAUACAAAUUAUGAUUUGAGGUUGACAGAGACAGACGAGGCAGAAAAGAAUGGCGCAAAACAGGCUAAAGGGUAA